GCAUUAAGGCUGCAAUCUGUUACUAAAGCUACUUUGAAUCUCCACGCAAUGACUCGAUUACGCCCGAAUUAUUACCUGCUUUUUCUGCCGGUGUUGUGCGUUCUCCCGCGACGCGUGAACUGUCUAGCACCCCCAUGGAGUUGUCCCGUCCCAGAAGAGUUCUCCCAUCCGUCGCCGAAUAAUGAAGAAUUGCUACGGCGUGCUCCUUGCGAACGCUGGACUUUAUCGGGUUGCAGCGACCAGUGCAAGCUGUGCGCCUGCGAUAUACCCGCCGUCAAUCUCAGCGCCAUCGCCGCCAACGCCACCGAGAUCCUCCUGGGAACCAUGUCGCGCAAUCUGUGCCCACCCAGCUGCUUACUGGAUACCUUCACGCCCCUUCCACAUCGCCCUAACGUCACCGCCGUGUUUUUGACCCACAUCUGGGUGGCGCCCGAUGACCGGCCCUUUCCCGUCGCCGGCUUCCUGGUCAAUGUGCAGGCGACGUUGACUUCUUUGGACCUGACGCAGGUCUAUCUACCGACGAUCACCCGGGCGACGUUUGGCGGGUUUGUGCGUCUGGAGGCGUUGUAUCUGUACAGUAACCGCCUGUCGACCAUUGAGGUCAAUGCGUUUACCGCGGUGGGCGCUGCGUCGGGAUCGGCGCUACCGAGUCUCGGUCGGUUCAGCAUCACAUUCAACAAUCUUACAACGUUGGAUUGGACCGUCUUCAAACCGCUAACCAGCAGCCUCAAGAAUCUAGACCUGUCGAGUAAUCACAUCCAGCGGAUUGUUCUCAGCCGCUUCGACGUCAUGCACGGAGUAAAGUCGGUGCUGCUGAUGUUUAAUCAACUAACCAACGUCGACGACCGCUUCCUGCACAGCGUGUCCGCACCUCACGAUCGACCGGACCUCAUGUUGUGUGAUAACCCCGUCUGCUCAUUCGUCCCGCCGUGUCGCCGGAUCAGAAAGAUUUACGGCAAACUGUUUGAAUGCUGUACCACAGCAUCCGAGCCCGAGUCAGCGCCGGACAGCCAUUUCGACAUUACAACGGAGGAAUAUUAACAUAAAAAUUAUUAAAAAUGCCUCUGCAAUGUUAAAAUCAGAAUUGUGUCUCGCAGACGGAAGAAAUAGCGUCAGUCGUAGAGCGCGAUUCCAUCAGGUGUCGAAUAACGUAU